GUGGGCUGGUCUGCUCCGCCAGCCUGACAGACAGCAGUACAGCAGCAGUGUAACUCAGCCCGAGCAGCACACACGGUCAGUUUUGGACAGAAACAAGCGAGUUAGACAAGAGUACUGAGUAAACAUGGGGCUUAGAGGAGUGGGACUGUUACUCUGCAUGCUCUGUGUGGCACACUCCUCUCUCGAACAGAGCUCUUCCAAGAAAAAGAACGGAAAGAAAGAGUCUGCUAACAGUGCUGCCAUUGAGGAGCUGAGAAAAAAGAUCGAGGAGAUCAUGCAGGAGUUGAAUCUGCUGAAGGAAAAGCAAGCUCUACAAACAGUUUGCCUGAAAGGCAUCAAGGUUCCUGGCAAGUGUUUCCUAGCAGACCCAGUGAAGAAGACCUUCCACACUGCUAGUGAUGAUUGCAUAACAAAGGGUGGCACCCUCAGCACUCCUGCCAAUGGCGAUGAGAAUGACCAGCUCUACGCCUACGUCCGCCAGACUAUCGGGCCUGAGGAACACAUCUGGCUGGGCAUCAAUGACAUGUUGAAAGAGGGGGACUGGGUGGAUAAGAUGGACACCACUGUGCGCUUCAAGAACUGGGAGACAGAGGUAACCCAUCAACCUGAUGGUGGACGCAGCCAAAACUGCGCCAUUCUCUCCAGCCCUGCCAACGGGAAGUGGUUUGAUGAGAGCUGCCGUGCUGAGAAGGCUUCUGUGUGCGAAUUUAACAUUGUCUGAGCUGAGUAAUGUUUGAUCAAUGUAACAUCAGUUCCUAUAUAACAUGUAAGGAAUGAAUCAGUAUCGGUGCAUGAUGAAUAUCCUACUUUGUUAAUUGCAUCUGUACUUAAAGCUCUUGCACAUAAAUCCUGGCAUCAAACAAAAAAAUUUAAGAAGGGAAGGUCACUCUUGGUGAAUGUUCUAAAAUGGUAGGGACAGUAUGUCAAAUGCUAAUAGAACUGAAAGCAGUGAUUCUAAAUUUGAAGUUCUAAAUUCUCAAUAUUUUGUGUUUUCAAAAUAUGAACGUUGUUUUUUGGUAACAAAUUUGAUGCCCAGAACACAUUUCAAAAAUGUUGGGACAGGUAACAACACUUGAUAAUCAUUUUGGGCCUGAAGACACCAACUGAUCAAGGUUUAAAAGCAUUCUUUCUCUAAACAAGCCUUCGGCUGCACAACUGUACAAGCCUUUGUUGUCAAUAUUUUAUGUCUCAUAAUGCGACAAAUGUUUUCAGUGGAGACAAGUCUGGACUGCAGACAGGUAAGACGAGCACCCACACUCUCUGAUUACACAAGCACGCUGUUGCUACACGUACAGACUGUGGCUUGGCAUAGUCAUGUUGAAAUAAGCAUGAAUGUCCCUGAAAAAGACAUCGAGAAGGCAGCAUAUGUUGCACCAAAACGUUUACGUCUUUCAGUGUUAAUGGCAGAUGUGCAAGUUACCCAUGCCAUAGGCACUAAUACUCCCCAGCCACAACAGACCCUGGAUUUUGAACUUUAUGCCGGUAACAAUCUGAACUGAUCUUUUCUUCUUUGGCUUGGUGAACAUGGUGUCCCUUAUUUGCAUCAGAAAAAUUGACUCAUCUGACCCUCAAUACACUUUCCACUGUGCAUUUCAGAUGAGCCCUAGCCCAGAGAGGUUGGCAAGUUGUUGACAUUUGGCUUCCACUAUGCAGUACAGGCUUAACUUGUUCUUGAGCCCAUAUGGUGAUGUUCAUCACAUAAGCAUACUGGUUUUUAAUGCAGUGCCAUCUGAGGGCCUAAAGGUCAUGGACAUUUGGUUGUGGUUUUCAGUAUGCAUUGGUAGAAGACCAAAAUUCUUUGCAGUCCUUUGUUGAGGAAUGAUGUUCUUAAAAUGCUGAAUUAUUUGGUGAUGCAUUUAUUGGCAAAGUGGUGCACCUG